CGAUGCUGCUGGGUCUUUCUAUCAGUGGGGAUGCCGUAGGGCCUCGCGUUGUCCCGCCUACGUGGUUGGACAAUCUAGAAGAGCGUUUUGCAAAUAUUGACAUCGCGAUUGAUGUAGAGGAGCACCCAAAAGCAACAGGGCCUGCCAAGUCAUGGAUCCUGCAGUUCCAGCCCGACAAUUUGGCACAUGAUGCUGAUGAGGAUAGCGUCACUCGAUCCCUUGAGGCAUACCUGUUGUGGUUGUUUGGAUACAUAAUGUUCAACAACUCACACGGGGCCUAUGUGGAUAGGGUGCUUGUGCCUUACGCACAGGAGAUCGCAGAGGCAGCUGUGGAGGAAAUGACUCAAUACAGUUAGGGUUCAGCGGUACUUGCAGCCACGUACCGUGGCCUCUGCAAGGCAUCGGUGCAAAAUAAGCACAAUGCAAUUCUUACAGGAUGUCCGAUUCUGCUACAGCUUUGGUCGUACAAGAGGAUAACAAUUGGUCGCCCGAUUGUCGACCACUCACCGUAUAAGCUGGAUAUGUACGGUGACACCGAGGACGAUAAGCCCACCAUGGGGACUCUCUGGUACGCUCGUCAGAAGAGUUGGGCCCACGUACAGUCUCGUCGGGCCUAUCCUGAAUUUGUGGCUGAGUUUGAUCGGUUAACACCUGAAGACGUCGUGUGGGAGCCCUACUCCGAGUUGGCUAUAAACACUCGUGCACCGAUCGGGAUAUCUUCGGUUUGCUUUCAGGACCAGGCCUUUUGGAUGACAACUACAGCGUUGGUGUACGACGUUUACAUUGAGGCUCACUGCCCGGAUAGAGUCAGGAGACAGUUCGGUCAAAGGCAGUUGUAUCCUGUGCCGUCAGCAUUGGAUCGGGUCGAACGCCAUGACCACAGUUUGUCGAGGACUGGUCAACUCUUCUCCAACAUGUGGGUGACAAGGGUGCAGCCUUGGGUCGAUGGCUGGGACCAGGCAGAGGAGAACGUGGCGCUUGCGACCCCUGCACACACGGAGGCUUCGUACAGGACGUACCUGAGCUGGUACCAGCCUCAGACUCAUUGCCGCUUGAUAUAAGCUGACAUGCAACCACAGCCAUAUGUUGCGACAC